GUGAAAGUCGGGAUCUGCGACGCCUCCAAGGGCUGCGUGGCUGAGGACAGCGGCUCAGGCCCCUCCCCGCUGGGAAGUCACCGAUGGACUGCGGACGCUUGGCAGAGAGCAGCGAGGAGAGACCCGUCCCGGGUGCGGAGCCCGGUUCCCCGCCGCGUCCCGCUGCCGGCAGCAGCUGCUGCCCGCCGUCGGUGGCCGGGCAGCGCGCCGGGGCCCCCGCGGGCAGGCCCGCUGCCGCUAACGCCGCUCGGGAGCGCAGCCGGGUUCAGACCCUGCGCCACGCCUUCCUCGAGCUGCAGAAGACUCUGCCCUCCGUGCCGCCGGACACCAAGCUCUCCAAGCUGGAUGUGCUCCUCCUGGCCACCACCUAUAUCGCACACCUCACUCGCAGCCUUCAGGAUGAGGAAGAGUCGCCGGGAGAGAACUUGAGUACCCUGCGAGGGGAUGGAUACCUCCACCCUGUCAAGAAGUGGCCGAUGCGUUCCCGGUUAUACAUCGGAGCCACGGGACAGUUUUUGACUCAUUCGGCGCAAGGAGACGGCGCGAACCAAGGAGAAACAUCAACAGCUUCACAAAUCUAAUCGCCUCGCUUUGAAAACAAUAAUUAAAAACUUAUUUAUUAAUCACACCUUAUAUAUAUUUAACUUAAAACUUAUCUACAGACAAACUGUAAUUCCAGAAAUACUGUCUGUAGAGGAGAAGGAAUCAAAUCUUAAAUGUAAUUAAUACCUCAUUAAGUUAAUGGGACGUAUCAUGGGUUUUUAUCAUAGAGGAGACUGCAGGGCUCUGAGCUCAGGGGCUGGGAGAAGGUGAGUGCAGCCAGCACUAACAUGAAGGGCAGCCACAGAGGCAGAGCUGCUGGUGGCAUUGGUAACCCCAGCCCCUCGGGGACAAGUGGGGAAGGGGUUACAACAGAGGGAGAUGCAGAACUGGCCAAGGGCAGCGCAGUCCAGGCUGAGGUGGAAGGCAAAGUCUAAGAAUCACGGUUGACAUCCUGCAUGUGCUGUCUUUGCUGCUCAAAGUUGAUGGCAGAAAUCCCACUGACCACAGUCCUCGGGUUGGGGCUUCAUCUGACCCAUCAUCUGAAAUGUAGGCCAUUACUCCUCAAAACAUGGAUGCACGUUCACCUCCAGUAAAAAAUGUGCUGAGAUCUGUCCUGCGUGCCGAGGGUGCAAUGCGCUACAACCACAAACCACUCUGCCGUUACUUCUUGUAGUGAUUCCUGCGGUUGCUUUGCAUGUUACGGGGUUUAAUAUGUGUUGCAGCGUUACCCCAGUGCAGCUACUGCUCUGCUCCAGGUCCCUUAUCUUGUCCUUUAGCAGGUUCGUGCAUUGAAGCAAAUAAACCCGAA